GCAAUAAAAGUGCUCAAUAAGCAUAUAAAAAAUCUUGCAGACUUUUGGGGGCGUACCUUGAUUUGCAGCAAUCUUUACAAGAAACCACAAGUUUGCAUACAAUUGCUCAUUAUAAUCUUAGUAGAUCUACCUCACACAGUGAAAGAUGUUGCUUUUAAGUGCUAUUAUGAUUUUGCUACUUUCUGGACAUUAUUUUGCUCAAGAUGAAACCAACAUCACUCACAAUUAUUGUUCAAGAAUGGGGUUCACACUUUGGAGCAGUUUGACACUAACUUGUAGUCGAAUUUGCAGCCAACAAGCAGAAAGCGAUCGCGAUCUAGAUUUAUGGUAUAUUCUACCAGGAGAAAAUUUGCUCCGUCAACUAGAUCUCCAUAAUAACUUUAGUUACAUUAUUGGUGGGAACCCGCAGAAAAUAAACGAAUUUGAGAACGAUGCUGGAGUAAUUUUAAGUUUAACCAAUAACAUUAACAACAUCGAGGAUGUGUGUAAUGCAGGUGAAGUAAUUGAGUAUUCACUCACCAUAGAGAACACAGGGAGAAGUAUUGAUGGGCUUACGGUUACUUGUGGAUCUAGAAAAAUUGAGAAUGAUAACACCACUGACCAGAUGGCUUCAAACUCAACCGUGUUAUACCUAAAAAGUCAAAUUACAACAUCCACAAUCUCUAAAAUAACGGUGUCUCCUGGUAGCAGUACCACAAUCAACUGUACCCGUCAACGCUUUCCUGAUAGAGAGGUCUCUAUACGUAAUCGAUGGAGACUUCAACGAGGUGAAGACAUAAUCAUCAUUGAAGAAGAAGCAGUCAAUCCGAAAGUAAAUGGAUUUCUUAAUGAAACUGGCAUAACUUUGGAAUUGACGAAUUCUGACAUAUGUACAUAUAAUGGAUUUGUGAACUACACUCUUACUAUUGGAAACAUUAACCGAAAAGUUGCCGGGAUGUUAAUAACAUGUGGAGCUAUAGACAAAAUAACCAAAAUAAAUAGUUCAACCAACAUCGAUGAUGUAUGGUAUGCUGACCACUCAAUGGAACUAGUUUUACAGAAUCCAGUUUCAACAACUUCACAAUUUGAGACGAGUGUUGCUAAUGGUGGCAACUUCACCUUUAAUUGCACUCGUUCAUGUGGUCUACACAUUGUCGAUAUGUGGAGUCUCGAACUUCAAGACAGGGAACCCUUUCUUAUCAGGGGCAAAGAUCAGCAAGAAAUAUUUGAAAAUGAAACUGGUGUGACAUUGAAAUUGACGAAUACAGAUUGCGACGAUGAUGUUGUUGAGUAUUCCUUAAGCAUUUGGAAAAUUACAAGAAACAUGGAAGGUCUCAUAGUUAGGUGUGGAACUUUCUACAAUGACUCACGAGACGUGUGGUAUGCUCCACAUUUUAUAAGACUGAAAAUAGAUAACACGACUGAGUUUGAAGCUGCCAUAUUAGCCACAAUGGCACAGCUGGAGAAUUUCAAAACGACCAUUGGAGGUACACUCGGAACAAUUUUGCCAGCACUUUUAGCUGCUAUCGUUGUAACUUUACUGAUCAUCAUCAGAUACCAAUAUAAACUUAUUAAGGAUCUAGGAAAAGUUUCUGCAGCUUCUGUCGUAUCUAACCGUAGUAGUACUGAUCCAGAUUAAUGUUUACAUGCACACAAACUCAUAUAAAGUGGCUAUAAUUUAUCGUUUUAAACCCACACGUUCUCUCUCAAUCUGUCAUGGAAACAUCAUCAUGUUUGAUUUAAUUACAAGCAUAA